CUGGCUGUACUUAGAUUCCCAUCUCACGUGUAUUUUGUUUUAGUUUAUUUUAUUUUGGACACUGGGCUUCAUGUCCUCCUAUUAACCCAUAUAAAUAAUCCUCUAUAUACUCAUUGGGCUACACCAAACUUGUUUCUAUAGCAAGCUAGCUAGCUAGCCCUUCCUCCCAUUAUUUCUAGCUAUAUCUCCAUCUUCUAUCUCCUGCAAUAUUAUGCCUGAAAACAUGAAUAUAUCUGUAAAUGGGCAGUCUCAGGUCCCUCCGGGCUUCCGAUUUCAUCCCACCGAGGAGGAACUACUGCAUUACUACUUGAGGAAGAAGGUGGCCUAUGAGAAGAUUGACAUGGAUGUUAUCCGUGAUGUUGAUCUCAACAAGCUCGAGCCAUGGGACAUACAAGAUAAGUGUAAAAUAGGAUCCGCCCCUCAAAAUGACUGGUACUUCUUCAGCCACAAAGACAAGAAAUACCCGACAGGAACACGCACAAAUCGAGCAACUACUGCAGGUUUUUGGAAGGCCACUGGCCGUGAUAAGGUCAUCUACAGCAACUUCCAACGAAUUGGAAUGAGGAAAACUCUUGUCUUCUACAAAGGCCGAGCUCCACAUGGCCAGAAAUCCGAUUGGAUUAUGCACGAAUAUAGACUUGACGAUAACGUGACCGACACCAAUGUCUCCAAUGCGUUGAGUGGUGAAGCAGCGCAGGAAGAAGGAUGGGUGGUUUGCCGCAUUUUCAAGAAGAAAAGUCACCACAAAUCACUAGACAGCCCCGUCAAUUCCUCCAUUAGUGAUGAAGCCAGGAACAAGAUGCUUCUGACAUCAAAUGAUGAAGAAGUAGCUUUAGAUCAUGCACUUCAGUACAUGCAGUGGAGUGGUACUUGCAAAGAAGAAUUCGAAGGAAACAACCGGCCAAGAUUUCUCAUCAACAAUGGUUUCCAAUAUGACAGAAUGUUCACCAAACUUCCCAGCGUAGAGAGCCCAAACUCAGCCUCUGCCAGCUGCCAAGGUUGCUACCUGCAGCCUAUCAGUCAGGUGCCAGCGGACGUACCCUCCGACAAUGACGGCCCCCUCCCCAACCAGGUGAGUGGCGAUCCGGACUCAGUUUUCGCUCAGAUGGAAGCGGGACUCAGUGACUGGGCUGCUUUUGAUCGUCUGGUAGCUUCUCACUUCAAUGGCCAAACUGAGCAGACGGCUAAGCAACUUGCAUGUUUCAAUGACCCCACCAUGGCUUUUUCUUGGCCCCGUGAUCACGAUCAUGGUCGCGAAAACCAUGAUCAUCUGCAAUUGCCCCAGUUACGGUCGUCGUCAUCCACCGGGUCUUAUCAUGCUGCCUCGGAUUAUAGCAGUGAAAUGGGGGAUCUGUGGAGUUUAACCAGAUCAUCUCUCUCGUCCUCCGAUCCACUUUGCCACUUGUCAAACGCUAUAACAGAAUAAGCCUAUGGUAGAUGAUGAUGAUGAUGAAGAUGAUGAUAAUAAUAUCAUUAAUUCUAGCUAGUUCUAAAGUCGGAAGAUCUAUUAAUUAUUGUUACAGUAAUUAAUUAUGUGAUAAUAUACAUGAAAUUGCAUUAGAUGAAUAAAGGGAAGAAUUAUGUUAA